GCGGACGUGCGUGCUCUGGAGCGCACCCGCGUCGGGGGGCUGGGGGCGAGCUCAGAGAGUGGGUCCAGCCUCGACCCCGAGGUCAGCUGGAAGGAGGAGGCACUGCUGUCCCCCCGGCCCAGGUUCUGUGAUACACUCCGACUCGGGCUCUGGAGCAGUCAGUGCAUGACAGAACUUGGGCUCGGGCGGACCUUCCGCACCCAAAGUGCAGAGCGCCCACCAGGGGCCUGAAGUAGAACAUCUGCCUGGGAGUGGAGCAGGACCGGAGUUGGCCCCUGUGGGGACAGGUUGGGCCACAGCCAGCUAUGGAUCUUUGGGGCUGGGGUCACUGGACCCUGAACAUGGGCUCCCGGGGCCAGCAGAUCCCAUAAGGCCAAUGACAGGGUAUCUGCCUUGAGUCAGGGGCCAACGCAGCUCCCCCCACCCCCACCCCGUGUCAGUUGCAGGAACCUUCCCUCUACACCAUCAAGGCUGUUUUCAUCCUAGAUAAUGACGGACACCGCCUGCUGGCCAAGUAUUAUGAUGACACAUUCCCCUCCAUGAAGGAGCAGAUGGCCUUCGAGAAAAAUGUCUUCAAUAAGACCAGCCGGACUGACAGUGAAAUUGCAUUUUUCGGAGGCAUGACCAUCGUCUAUAAGAGCAGCAUUGACCUCUUCCUGUAUGUGGUGGGCUCAUCCCAUGAGAAUGAGCUGAUGCUCAUGUCUGUUCUCACCUGCCUGUUUGAGUCCCUGAACCACGUGUUAAGGAAGAAUGUGGAGAAGCGCUGGCUGCUGGAGAACAUGGAUGGAGCCUUCUUGGUGCUGGACGAGAUUGUGGAUGGCGGCGUGAUUCUGGAGAGUGAUCCCCAGCAAGUGAUCCAGAAAGUGAAUUUUAGGGCAGAUGACAGCGGCUUGACUGAGCAGAGUGUGGCCCAGAUGAGGAUCCAAGAAAUGAGAGUGAUUGUGGAACACUUGUGGACUUUCCACUGUACGUGUAGACGAGUGCCACCCCUCAAAGUGGACUCUCUGGUAAGAAAAGCAGUAUUGAUAAAAAAAAUAAUAGUAGUAUUAGUAAAAUAAAAUUUAUUUUGAGUAAAUUUUUUAACAGAUGUUUAUUAACUGGCUGUUCUGAACUAGGCACCUUGCUGAGGCUUGAUGGGAGCUUCUAAGCUGAAUUGGAAGACAGUUCCUGACCCAAGAAGCUCACAACUGGACUGCAACUAAGUCCCGUAUGCAGAAAUUAUAAACAUUGACCGAGGAGAUGGUAUAUUACAGGAGAUAGUAUUUGACAGAGAGAAGUCAGGGAAAGAGACACUAAAAAGGGA